GGCCUUGAGACCGCGGCCACGACCUACUUGUGCAGGAACCACCACCAGCCUUCUUUCUUCAGCCGUAUCCACUACUUCUCACUAUUAGAAACGAUGAGUACCACUACUUCGCCAUACCGUGACUACUUCCGUCGCCGCACUAUCGGUCGGGCAGCGUCGCCUCCCACCUGGGCUUGCUACGAGCAGAUCCCAUACGACGACGAAGAUGAAUACAGCGACAGCGGAUCAGAAUCCUGCUCCGAGGAUGAAGAAGACUAUUCCCAUGACCAUGAUCACUUGAGUGACUGGGAGGAUGACCACGACCACCUGGAUGCACCAACGAGUGAGAAUCGGGCCGAUGAUUCCUUGGAUAUGGAUAUGGAUAUAGAUGAAGAGAAUACGGAGGCGGCGGCUGCGAUGAAGGUUGCUGCGUCACAAAAAGAUGUCAAGGGAAAACAGAAAGCUAUUGAGCCUGAGCCUGAGCCCGCUAAGCGCCGACAUCGCAAGAGGGACCGCGAACAUGUCUAUACUCUCCGCCCAAUCCUGACCAUACAGAGAAGCCAAGGCUUUGUCUGGAACCAAGACUUGUUCGUGCCGCCGUAUAUCAAAGACCGAUGUUCGUCUAUCUAUCUCUCUAUUGUCGUCUCUUGUAUUAUUGACCGUUCAUUUGCCGUAGAUGUCGCCUCGAUGUCACCACCAAAUUCGGCUGGUUUCAUAUCCACAUCUGUAUCGUCCACUAACUCUGCGCUGAAUGAUUACGAGGUGGAGGUCGUAGAGAUUCGUGUGCAAGACGGUGAUUUGGAUCAUAUCAUUCCGUAGAUACAUCGCAUCCAUUUCGUUUCGUGGCUCUCUGCCUUGUCUUUCGUACGUAGGUUAUAUUCUUUUUCUUCUUUUUCCCAUUUAUGUCAGGUAAUAGUUUUGACUAUACUACUUUACAUGCCAGGGCUUCACUCAUGUACUUACAAUACAAAUCUCCACUACUCAAGAGUUUCGGGGAUCAUACUUAGGGUCGAGGUGAAGGCUAUAUUGGGGACCAUCGAUGCCUGCAUCUCGUCAACAGAUGGAAC